UCUACGUGCAAAGACACCGCAUGCUUUCACCCCCACAGUUAGGAAAAAUCCACGAUGUCGACGGGGUUUGUACGACGGAAAACAGACGAUAACGCACGGAUUAAUGUUACACCGUCGAAAUACUUGAUGUGUUCGCCCACGCAGAAGGAUGCUGUCUUGAACCAUCGUACAUAUGUAUAAAAAGCAGGACCCUCCUGCCCUUUAGAUGUCUGGGGCCUGUUCAUGGCUUCUAAGAAGAAGCAGAAAGGAAUGGUGUUCCAUCAGGAAGGGGCUACCACCCCUGCAGCGGCACUGGCCGCAGACCAUCCAACGGCCCGCUUUGUUGUUCCUAAACCAGGGAAGGCAAGUGAAGGUGGGAUGGAACGAAACACCUGUGUAACCAAUGAAGAGACAGGUAUGAAGGGGAAACCCAAUAUGUACCCAUCGAAAGAGUCCAUCAGGACAUCUGGUGGACUUCCCGCUGCAAAACAUUCCACCAGUUCAAACCCUCAGCUGGACAACCUGUCACCUGAUAGCAUCUGCAAAGGCAUCAGAGUGACACUGGACAACAACAGCAUGUGGAACGAGUUUUUCAGAUGCAAAACGGAGAUGAUUCUGACUCAGCAAGGCAGCAGGAUGUUCCCCUAUUGCCGCUUUCGCAUCUCUGGCUUGCAGUCCUCCAAGAAAUACUCUCUGAUCAUGGACAUUCAACCUUUGGACAACAGUCGUUACAAGUGGACCGGCAAGAGCUGGCAAGUUGCUGGAAGGGCAGAGUGCCAUGUUAAGAGUCAACCAUUCGCUCAUCCAGAGUCCCCGUCAACAGGUCAACACUGGAUGCAGAAUCCAGUGUCCUUUUACAAACUGAAGCUCACUAACAACAUCUCAGAUCAAGAGGGGAACACCAUCCUGCAUCCCAUGCACCACUACUUACCACGGCUGCACGUGGUCCAAACUGAUAAAGCUGCUAAAGACAUAAAACUAAACAAUCCCAAUGUUGUUACAUUCACUUUCCCCCAAACUGAAUUUAUGGCAGUCAUUGCUUACCAGAACUCACGGUUUUCUCAGCUUAAAGUUGACUACAACCCAUUUGCUAAAGGACUGAAGGAGGAGGGCUCUAGUUCGUUGGGCCUAAAGCUUAAAUUGAACUCUGGCAAAGACUUGCACAAAGAAGGAGGCACAACAACCACUGAGCAACAUCCUGUGAAGAAGAGCUUGAAGUCUUUGCUCGCAAACCAUAAACCUAGAAGCUCAAAAGCAGUGGACGAGAAGCCUUCAGGGUCAGCUGACCUCCAGAAAAACUCCACCACAAACAAAGAUCAGUCAGCUGCCAAUGUCACUGGGGAAUGUUCGCGCAGCAAUUCACAUCCAGCUCAGAAAUUAUUUUCUGAACUGAUCCGGGAGGCUCACGUUUCACUGCAUAGAUGUGACAUGGAGGAGCUGGGAUUCACUAACAGCACGUCUCACAGAAAUGAGCAAACCAACACUAAAACCACAGCUUUGAAAAGCAAUGGACAAGAUAAUCCCAAAAAGGACAGCAUAUCUGUCAAAACACAAAGCAAAACAUCACCUGCAAAGAAGGGUGAAGUUGUUGUAUCAGAGAGGAAAGUUAAGGGGGAUAAGGACCUUUUGAAUUCAUUGAAUUACAAAGACAAUGUUGGGACAGUUCUAAAGUCUGAAGUCAAUAAUGUUGCUGCUCCAGCAGUGUCCCAGAACUCCUCUGGUGACUCAGACCAACAAUGUAAGACUGACGCUCCAUCAGAGGCGAAAGUAAAGCAACAUAAACGGCCAGCACCUCUGCCUCUGCCAGCUCUUGCUCUUUUUUUGAAGCAGCAUUCAACAAAAUCUAAAGUAGCCAAGAGCAAGCUGGACUCUUCUCCUGCAGCACUCCCAUCGGAAUCUCUGUCUGAUUCACAGAGUUCUGCUGCAACUCCUGCAUGUUCGCCUUCUGAUCAAGACCGCAAAGCAGCUGGUCCAUGGAAGGACCUAACUGGAUAUAUCACAAAGUCCAACAACCAGGACUCUGGACAUGCUGCUGCACUUCCUAGACCAGAUGAAAUGGUUUUGAAUCAGCCUUCCAGUCCAUUUUGUCCUGUUGCCACUACAGACCGAAAGGGACAAAGAACUCAUUUCUUGGACUCUGUUUCAGUUGCUGAAAGCACAGGCUCAGAGCUUGCAGUACAAGAUGGUACACCAGUGUUACCCAACUCAGAUCAGCCAUCUUGUACCCUUGGGACAUCUGUAUCCACCAUUUCCUCAACUCUUGCUACCUCUUCUACAUCUUUCAUUUCAUCACCAACCCUCGACACAGUGUUACCUGCCCCAAACUCACCACAAACACCAACCAUCACUGAGUCUUCCACACUACCUUCAGACUCGCCAACUAUGAAGUCUGAUUCUUUGCUACCUGACCCAGAGUGUUCUUCGUUUGGCUUUGAGCCUUUGUCCCCUGCAAGCUCUCCAGAACCCUUACCUUCCCUGCCCAUCUUGUUAGCUCUAGAUCUUGACUCCACUACUUCUGAACCACCUCCAAAAGCAGUAUCUCCCAAAGAGUUGCAGCAAAGUGAAGACUCUGCUGCCUCUGUGUUUAAAUGGCACACAGUGUUACCUCAAAGUAGGCUGUACAUGGACACUUCAUUCACAACAUUUCAACCUACAACACAGACUCUUCCUUUAGAGUCUGUUCCGUCACCUUUGUUGCCUUCCCAGUCUCCUUCCCACUCUGAACCACAGACUCUCGACACCUCCACAUCCACAUCCACACCUCCCCCUGAUUCUGCUCCAUCAUUUCAAGAAAAUGAAUCACUGCCCUUCCCUGCAGAGCUGUCCCCCCUUGCACUUCACUUGCCGCUGUCUCCAACCUUUUCUUCAUUAGAUGGAGAUGCAUUGUCACCCACCCCUUCAAUCGCAGACCUUGUGCACUUUUUCUCCACCGAAGAUGACUUUGGGAUGGAGGUGGAGUUUUCAAACACAGAGGCAGUAGCUGCUCCCUGCCCACCUCCAAGCGCAGUAGAGGCAAAUACACGCAAGCCUUCUCAGCAGGUGCAACCAGCCAAAAAACCCUGCAAGGGCAAAAAGAAGUCCCAGCGGCAAAAGCUUGCCAAGACAGAUGUAGAUCAGAACAUGGAUGCUGCCACCUACACUAACAUGAGGCCUAACUUGGAGGAAGUUGAGGAGCAGUUAUUUAUCUCAUUCACCUCAAAGGAGGCCCUCAAACUUCACAUUGCGGACUCCUCUGUUGGAACGGUCUCACAGCCUCAGACGACACCUGAAUGUCAACUGCAAGAAUCUGCUGACACACCUGAGAAUGUAGAGACAGCAGAGAGUUUGGAGGAGAAGAUCGCUGCAUACGAGAAGAUUCUUCUGAGAGACUUGAAGCUGAUGAGACACAGACAGGUGAUCCAUCCUGUGCUGCAGGAAGUUGGUCUGAAGCUGAGCCUGCUGGAUCCGAUUCUGGCCAUAGACCUGCAGUACCUGGGAGUCCGUCUGCCCAUCCCCCCUCCUGGAGUCUCUCUGGAGCCGCUGACCCAGGAGCUGCCGCCGUCUCAAGGUGUUUCUGCAGCUUUUGUGUCACGGACAGGAAAAACAACAGAUGUGACUCAGAUUAAAGGUUGGAGAGGGAAAUUCACUCCAUCAGAGGCUCCUCCCCCUCCAACAGCAACCAAACCUGAAGCUGGUCCCAGUUCAGAUCCGCCAAAGAAGAACCUGUCUGCGUUCUGCAGCGACAUGUUGGAUGAGUAUCUUGAGAAUGAAGGGAAGCUGAUUGAUGAGCGAGCCGCCAGCUUCUCUCAGCCUCAGGUGGAACCGGUAGUGUAUGAGCUGCCUACCAGGAGCACCAGCUACGUUCGAACCCUCAACAGUGUCCUGAAGAAACAGCCCAGCAGCUUCCCCACCUCAGACCUCAUAUCUGGGUUUGUCCCCCCGUCCAAGAGACCUAAACUCCCCGUCAGAGAGACCAAAACAUCAAGGAAAGGAAACAUGAGGCAGAAAGGUCCAAAACACCACAAACACAGUGCAGAACCAGGUUUAACAGCUGCACUCAGUCCAGCUGAAUCAAACCUGUUCCCUAAACAAUCCACAGUCCCAACAGCCACUCUCUCAUCAGAACACACAGCCCCCGUCACUGAACCUCAUACACCAAAGAAACACCGCCUGAAAGUCCAAUUGGACCACACAGAACCGUUUACUCUCUCUUCUCAACCCACGAAGAGGAAGAAGCUCAAACCCAAGACCUUGUCCCAGACCCUCAGUCCCCUCAAGUCCACCCUCCCCCAGCCUGGCGUGUCAGAGGAUAUGGCUCCGCUGGAGUCUGACUCUGAACUGGGGACCGCUGUCGAUCAGAACACAGAGAGCAGCAAGCAGAAGAACGGGCCGCCGAUGACCCGAGCUAUGCUGAAGCAGAAGGACCUGGAGGACGAGGUUGUGUGGGGGGGGCGACCUAGGACCAGCAUCACAGAGGAGAGGGCCACUGUUGCUCUGACAUCACUUUUUACGUUGAUGGGUUUUGUCAGUGAGAACCCGACCGCUCCCAUCCAGCUGGUGCGGAGACAAGCCCCUCUCUGCCUGAACGAGUUCUGCCGGCUGGGCUGCGUGUGCUCCAGUCUGUCCCACUGCGUCAGGAUCAGUCACUGUGGCCGGCCCCAGUGCAUGCUGGGCUGCAGCUGCCUCAAACAGAAGGUGGUCCUCCUCAAGAACCUGGACGCCUCUGACUCCAGUCCGUCCCAGCAGGGGAACGUCAAGAAGAAGAAGAGGAAGAGGAGGAUGAAGAUGGCCUACAUCCUGAAGGAGGCGGACAGUGUUUCCCAGCCUGCAGAGCGGGUCCGGGUGCUUUGGAAGAGGGACAGCGGAGACUUGGAUCCAGACCCGAUCAACAUCCCUAAACCAGCAGCCCUGUCCCGCCCCCCUGUGAAAACUGUAAGGCCUCAGGAGAGACGACAGGACAGCAGCAGCAGCGGCAGCAGCUGUGCCAGAGUCAGAGCUUACAGAGGGAAGAAGAAGAGCAGCAGGAAACAGAAGAGGAAGGAUCAACUGCAGAGUCAGGACGAUCCACCGGAGACGUCUAAAGAUGAAAAGUCUAAAAAGGUUCGGCUGAAGCCUUUGAAACAGAGAGACCUGACGCUGAAGAACACAGAGACCAAACCCGCCAGUCCUCCACCAGCAGCUGAUCCGCUGCCUCUGGAUCCCUCCACCCGGUCUCCCAGUCCUCCGUCCGAGCCGCCUCCGAAGCCGUCGAAGCGUCUGAUCAUCCUGGCGGAGUGCAAGUGGGAGAACGAAAGUGACCGCAGCCUGGUGCUGAAGAAUCUGUGUGAGGCGAUGGCAUGGGACCGACUGGACGAACCUUUCUGGAUCAAAAAUUAUCUCAUCAGUCCCAUUAGUCAGACUGUGGAGGACAGUGGUGGCAACCGCUGCAUCCAGUACAAGAUCCACAUCUCCAGACCCCUGCUGGAGCCGGAGAAACCAGUGAAACCAGUGAAGCCACCACAACAGAGGAAACAGAGGGAGACAACACAACAGCAGGAACACCUGGAACAGGUUGUCAUGAAGGCGGAGCCUGUUGACAAUUGGCAGCAGGAGGUGGCAGAGCACAAAGAAGAGGUGGAAGAGGCAGAGCCACUUGAAGACUGGCAGCGAGAAGUGAUGGAGGAGGAGGAAGAGGCGGAGCCACUUGAAGAUUGGCAGAGAGAGGUGGAGGAAGACGAUAUCGAGGAGGAGGCGGAGUCAACAGAUCACCAGCUGCAUGAUGGGAGAGAGAGUGGCGGAGAGGAAACGAAUAUGACGUCAAAGAAGACGAAGAGGAUGAUGGUCAGCAUGGCUCUGCCGUUCCUGAUAGGAAUCUCCCCCGCCGGCUUUCUCUCGGCCAAUAAGAAGCAGCCGGGAGGAACAGACCACCUGGUCCAGGUGAAUGGGAAGCUCUAUCCUCUGGCUAAGAUCCAGCUGGGGAGGAUGGGUGCGCUCCAUCCCGCGAACCGCCUGGCAGCGUAUCUCACUGGUCGGGUGGCGUUAAACAAGAAGCCACAAAGUUCCUCUUUCUCACCAUCUAAACCUCCUCAGAACCAGAGUUCAGCCCCGACCGUCUCCUCAUCUUCCUCUGUGGUUCCCACCCCAACGCCCACAUCUCAGCCGUUAGCCACCAUCCCAACCUCCCUGACAGUUCUUCAGCCUGCAGCAGUGAAGCUCGACCAAUCAGCUGCCUGCUCUGACCAGAGUGCAGGUGAAGCACCUGAGGGGGUGGGGACCCGGGUCGUCACUUUGAAGGUGUACCCGCGUUCAAGGGGAGGAGGCACUCAGUUCAGAGUGAUACCCCCAGCUUCUGGAAGCUCCGCCCCCACGUCGGGUAAUAUUAAAGACUCUCAGGUCAGCAGCUCUGCGACUCCACCUGUGACAACGGCUCCUAAAGGCUCUCAGGUGUUCAUGGUUCAGGUUCCACCUCCUCCUGCUCCUGGGAAACUACCUCUACCGGCCCAGCCACCCGGCCCACCACCCCCCUCCUCCUCCUCCAUUGCCUACUCCUCUGGUCAGAGGAUCGUCCUGCAGCCGGUCCAGAUGGCGUCAGGACUCCAGUACUACCGCAAACCAGACGGUAAAUUGGUCCGACUGGUUCCCCUCAGCCAGUUGAGAUCAGUCAACUUGAACCAGUCCACUCCACGAGCCUCGCCCUCAGUCCUCCCUGCUGCAUCCCUUCAACCUCCAGUCGUCGCUGCUGGUAACCAAAAACCACCUCCGGCCACAGCCACCUCCACCCUCACCUCCCUCUCCCCUUUGUCCGGCCUCCAGUCUUUCAAGGUGUCCCCCCUCACUUCCCAGCUCCACCCUGCCUCUGGUUUCCUGUCUCAGAAGGGGACGUGCACCUUUAAAAUCCUCCCCGCUAACAACAACAUGGAGCCAAUGAUCAUCACCUGUCCUAAAGUUCCUCCAAAGGUGGUGUCAGCUCCAGGCUCCUUCACUGUGCUCCAACCUCAACACCCCAACGCGACCCCAGUGAACCUCAUCUCCCUCAAACCCUCCACAGGUCAGGGGGCUGAGCUCGGGGUCAAAACAGUGACUGUGUCCGCGGUCCCAGUGGGUCCUGGUGGGUUAUCUGCUGUCCCAGUGCGUCCUGGUGGGUUAUCGGCGGUCCCAGUGGGUCCUGGUGGGGUACCAGCGGUCCCAGUGGGUCCUGGUGGGUUAUCUGCUGUCCCAGUGCGUCCUGGUGGGGUAUCAGUGGUCCCAGUGGGUCCUGGUGGGUUAUCAGCGGUCCCAGUGGGUCCUGGUGGGGUAUCAGCGGUCCCAGUGGGUCCUGGUGGGUUAUCAGCUGUUCCAGUGGGUCCUGGUGGCGUGUCUGCAGUCCCAGUGGGUCCUAGUGGGGUAUCUGCGGUCCCAGUGGGUCCUGAUGGGGUGAUAGUCCACCAGAAACCUGCCGUCCAGAUCCCUUACAGACCUCCUCCUCCAGCACCACCAGAGUCAGAGGUGACACCUGCCCCCCCACCAAAGCCGGAGCCGGCCUGCAACCUGUUGGACCUGGACAUAAUCUGUGUGGACUACGAGGAAGAGCUUGACGCCACAGAAACAGGGGGCGAGGUGAAGCAGCAACCGGAUGUGGUGGAGGUGAAGGAUUCGAGCAGCGAGACGGAGAACUCGUCAGAUUUCAGUGACGAGUCGGCGGUCGAAGAAGAGAAAGAGCCGACUCCCAUCCAGGUAAGAAAUCUGCGUUUCAAUCACAACAUGUUGGAGAAGCAGCGUCGGAGGAAGUUACGGCAGCUGUUCGAAGAUCUGAGGAGAGAAGUGGGACUGAGCAAAGAGAGGACGUCAAAGGUCUCCACGCUGAAGAAGUCGGUGGAGGUGAUCCAGGAGCUCUGGAGGACUGAGAAAAAACUAGAGAAGAAGAAGGAGAAACUACUCAAGAGGAGGGAUAAUUACCUCGCCAUCAUCGCUCCAAUAACAGAGGAGAGCAGACAGGUGAGCAGCACACGUCAGACAUCACCUGAGCUGUCAGAGGGAGGAGGGACAGGAAGUAAGGACAUAGAAGUGGUGGAUCUGUUGGACGACACGGACGAACCGACGGAGAACUCGUCUGAGGAGGAGAGACCUGUUACCAAGACGACCAACGCUGUCACUGUCUCAGAGGCGGAGGAUGAGGUUCAGAUCGUUGCCGUGGAGACGGUGGAGGAGAGCAGUCGGCUGAAUGCAGCUCAGAAGAAGCUGGCGAGGAUCCUGAGGAAGGAGGACUCAGAAAGCAGCGUGAAGAAGCUGGCCUAUGUUCGGAGCCUCGCAGACGCCUUCAAAGCUCUCCAAUCAGUCAUGAACACCAACAACACUUCAAGGAGCUUUCUGCUGGAGCAGGCUAAUCAGGAGAUUCAGACUCUUCAGAGUGAAAAUGGGAGACUGCGGAGUCUGAAGAUCUGUCUGAACCAGCAGAGAGACGCCUACAUCAGAGAGGUCUCCCAGAGAUCAGGUAAAAGCAAGGAGAGAAUCCGGAGCAUGCUUCAGCACCUGUCGUCCAAACAGAAGGAGAUGGAGAUGCAGGAGAGACUCCAAGCGGCCAAUCAGCUGCAAGCAGCAGUAGGGGGUGGAGCCUGUUACUCUCCAACAGAAGACUCGACUGAUGACGUCAUCAUAAUCACAUCCUCCAGCCUGCAGCAACAGUGCACUCCACAGGCUCCUCCCACUUUUGUUUCUGUCCCACCUACCAGCACACCUUCAUCCACACCUGUCCAAACUCCUGUCCAAACACCUGUCCAAACACCUGGCCAAACUCCUGUCCAAACACCUGUCCAAACACCUGUCCAAACACCUGUCCAAACUCCUGUCCAAACACCUGUCCAAGCACCUGUCCAAACACCUGUCCAGCAGCCUCAGAGGGUCCUGCAGGUGUCAAGGCCCAUCCUCUCUCCUCCUGGUGUGUCCCACAGUGUAUCAGUGGUAAGGGACAGGCCGAGGACGGUCCCCAACAUCCUGUCUCGCAGUAAGAAUCCAGCUGCAUCACAAUCCAUUAAGGCCGUGGUACCAGCAGAGGUUCUGUCCCUGGUCGGUACUGCGUUGCCGGGGCAACCAGUCCUGACCCUCAGCCAAAUGAUGACGGCACCUACAUUACUGCAGACUUCUUCUACACCAGGCGUGGCCUCAGUCACCCUCAACAUCUCCAAUCUGGCCAAUCAGCAGAUCCACCUCACCUCACUGCCCCACCCCCCAACCGGUAAGAUCUACAGCAGCUCUGCCCCCCUCACCAUCACUAACCUAACAGCCACAGACCUCAACAACCUGCUGCAGCUGGUUCAACCAUCAACUACACCACAACAACAACAACAACAACAACAACAACAACAGCUACUAAUACAACCCCAACAACCACCACAAACUAAACAACAAAUCCUACAAACACCACCACCACCACAACAACAACAAACACCACAACAACAAAUACUACAGCCACCACAAGAAACACAACAACAACAGCCGCCGCCACCCCCCCAGCAGCAGCAGAUCCCAGAGGGUCCUCCCCCUUCUCCUCCUGCUCCUCCUCCUGCUCCCCUCCUGGUGGUCUCUGCUGGAUCAGACCCGAUAACAGACCAGGACCAGCCUCCAUUCCAGACUGACACUACAUCUGAGGCUCCACGCUCCACCCAGGACCCUUUCUCCACUCCUUGCCCAGGAGCGAGUGCUGACCGUCAGACUGAGGUCACAGAGGCGGGGCCUGUGGGGGCGGAGCCGCAGCGGGAGACCAGAGAUGACGAGAGUCUGACGUCGCUCCUCAACGAGAUCGUCUUCCUCAACCAGCAGACCGUCUCCACAGCAGAGACGCCUUUAUCAGGGAAACCGUCCCCAGGGGAUGAUGUAAUGGACGAAGAUGAGGAGUAUGGACGCGCCAACAGCCCCUGGCUCCUGGAGCUGGACUCUGACUCUGAUGAAACCAUUGCCACGGAGAUGGGGGCGGCAGCGGUUAAUGACCACACGGACAUGACACCUGGUGGACCGCAGCUUGGACCUGUUAAUGGGAAUGCUAAAGGUGGCGUCCUGGCUCCGCCCCCUCUCCUGCAAAUGAAAGUGGGCGGGGCCAAGGUGGCGGACCCUGCCAGCUGUGAUGAAGCAGCAGGAGGGGAAGGAGAAGGGGAAGGAGGGGGGAAGAGGGAGGGUGGCGUGGCCUGGAGGCCAAUGCCGAGGCUGGUUCCUCUGGGGCUGAGAGGAAACCCACCCAGCUGACAUUACACUGACUGAUGAUGAUGUCACAGCAGAGUUAGGAUCAGCUGACAUCACACUGACUGAUGAUGAUGUCACAGCAGAGUUAGGAUCAGCUGACACCACACUGACUGAUGUCACAGCAGAGUUAGGAUCAGCUGACAUCACACUGACUGAUGAUGAUGUCACAGCAGAGCCAGGACUUCAUUGGUCCCCUGCAAGCUGUUCUCUGAUUGGCUGUUUUGAGUUUCAUUUCAGCGGCAGUUUGUGUCGAGUUACUUCCUCUAGAGCAGAAACACCUGACGCACCUGAGGGCCAAUCAGACGGCCGGCUGUUGCCUUGACGACACUUCAUUGAUGUUUACAGACAAUCAGAGAUUAUGUUCACUACCUUUGUUUUAUUUAUUUUUGUCUUUGCAUUUCACUGAAUUUAAAGUCUAGCUCCGUCCGCUCGGGUUUCAGUUGACGCUCCGUCUGAAGGGAGCAACGUGCAACCACGGCAACUUUCUGGGGAAACGUUGACGAUUCUCAGUUGCCAUGAAUGUUGCUCUUUAGUCUCAUAGGAAGAUUGUUGCCAGAAGAAAUUUGAGUCCACGUUCAGUCAGACAACUGCUGAUGUAUUGAGUGCCUCUGUGGUAUCCAAAGACCUGUGUGUGUGUGUGUGUGUGUGUGUGUGUGCAGACCUCAGUAAUGUAAAAACCCAGUAGCCUCGGCUCUGGUUGAUUUUAAACUUUUAUGUUUUUCAUAUUUUCUAUUGAAGCAGAGACUCUACAAAUCAAACUACAGUUUUUACUUUUGUUUACUUUGUUUGUUGUGUAUCAGGAACACUUAGGAGAAUCAAGUGGAAAUAUUUUGAGAAAAAUCAUCAGUGUUUCCCACAGAAGGAAAAUCUAUGUGUGCCGGCAGCUGACGGGGCAGCUUAACUUAACUUAAACUUUUAACUUUUCAGUUUUUUGCCUGUGUGCCCUCUCUAAAUUCUGAGUUUUUUUCUGGGUUCAUGAACACACAAGUCGUGAUUUUGCCAAAUAGGACAUGCUCCUGGAUCAACAACCCACAUCGUGUUCCUGGCCCAACAUCGCAAUCAACCAAUCACAGCCCUCUGACAUCAUCAGUGUGCUGCUCCUGCACUUCUGUCAAAGUUGCUUUAUGCUUCUUCAGAGCUAAGCUAGUUUUACAAAUUAAACUUAGUACAACUGGAAAAAAAAUCCUCAGUAACUAAAUAAAAUAUUAGCAAGUUAGCUUGCUAACUAGGUUGGCUAUGCUAACAAGUCAGCUUGCCAAUAGGCUGGAAUAUAAUUAAGUUAGCUUGCUAAAUAGGUUGGCUAUGCUAACAAGUCAGCUUGACAAUAGCCUAAAAUACUGCUCGUUAACAUUAGGAGUGAGGAUGAUGUAAUUUUUCAGUUGCAAAGACCUGCAAAGGACACAUUUCCCCUCCUAUUUAAAGCUAUUUUUAUUAAACAGCGUGGUUCUGCAAUUUUGAAAAAAAAAAAAGGCUUUUUGAAAGGCUAAAAAAAGGAGGGAAAAUGUGUCAAUCGCAGGUAUUUGCAACUGAAAAAUUAAAUUAUCCACACUCUUAGUGAACAACAUUUUAGCCUAUUUUAGCUUAUUUGCUAGCAUAGCCUUCCUAGUUAGCAAGCUAACUCGCUGAUAUUUUAGCCUAGAGGCAAGCUUAUUUAUUAGCAUAGCCAACCUAGUUAGCAAGCUAACUUGCUAACCCUCCAGUAGCUAACAGUGCUUUUGUUCAAUGUUUCUGAGGAUUUUGUUCAGUUGUAUGAACUUUAUUUUGGAAAACUAGCUUAGCUCUGAAGAAGCACAGGAGCAGCACACUGAUGAUGUCAGAGGGCUGUGAUUGGUUGAUUGCAGUGUUGGUACUGGAAUGCGAUGUGGGAUCACGUUGUACCCGUGAACGCAGCACAGGCAGAAAUUGUCCUUUUUUUUCUCAGCAGCAGUUUGUGGAGUUUUAAGUCGCGAAUGGAUAAUUUAUCAGUCGAUUCGCUCAGAUGAGAUCAAUGGAUGAGAGGAGCAGCUGUUUGUGAAGCAAACUUAAACCCAGGGCAGUGAACGGUUAAGUUUCAAUUUCUGUUUGCCUCUGUCUGUUUAUGAUGAAUGGUCCAGCUCGAGAUAGAGAAUCGAAACGUGGCGGCAGUUGUUUUAAUCAUGACGGGCCGCCACAAAUCAGUGAAACCCUGUAACAUCACAAGAAAAAUGAUCUUUUUUUGUUGCAGAGGUAGCAUCAUCUGAGGCAGGAGGCGGGUUGAAGGUUGAGAUGUUGUUUAAAAAGUUGUCAUAUUACAGCAACACUGACUCACUGUUUCUCAAACUAAAUCUUACAUUUGUUUUUCUGCCAGAUGUGUGUGUGUGUGUGUGUGUGUGUGUGUGUGUGUGUGUGAGAGAGAGAGAGAGAGAGAGAGAGAGAGAGAGAGAGAGAGAGUACGGGGUUUCAUUUUAAGGAUUUUCAUUUACAUGCUUUCAGUUAAGUCCAACAGGAAGUAGAAACACCUCGGUCAUGUUCAGAUGAAGUAUUCUGUUGUUUUAAAGGAAACACUUAUAUUAAUCGUCUGAACGCUAAACUGCUGAAUAAAUAAGUUUUAUUUCUUUUUUGGGGAAUAAAAAGAGUCUGAGGUUAGGUCAGUUCUUCGUAUCUAAACAAUAAAAAUACUAAGACUGUUUACAGGAAACAGCUGGCGCAUCACCUGGACGACUAAAGGACCAGUCUGGUGUUUAAAAGCAUCAGAUGAAGCUGCUUCUCCUUGUGUUGCUGUUUGUACAGUGUACAGAUGUUCUGUUGGGUCGAGGGUUCCUUUUUUUCCUAAAUUUGUAUUUUUGUACGCGUUAAAGAACCUCCGAUGUAAAUAAAUGUUCUCUGAAGGAAGGCGCCU